AUGGUUUGGAUAUUACGAUUCGUGUUGUUGUUAUCUUUUUUUCUGACAGUGACUACAGAAGCGUCCACGCAAGUUACUAUAGAACUCCUCGUCGAAGAUGGUACUAAAGAAACAAAUUCUUCAUGGAGUACCCUGGCCAAAAUGCCGAGUAAUCUUGUAUUCCGCAUACGACGAGAUCAUGAAGUGGCUGUAUUGCGUUUAAGGAAGAUACCUCUUCUGAAAACAAUUGCCUAUAAGGAAGGUGAAAUCUAUCCUUUAACUCAUUCCAGAGAGGAUAAAGCCAGUUAUGUCGACUACAGUACCAAAGCUGUUCUUUUAGUAACAAGAUCUUCAUAUUCGUCCAGUAAUUAUACUAUAGAGGGGCAUUUCCAAAUUGGUUUGCGGUUGGUGCACAUAGAACCUACUUCAGAAACAGUCCAUGAAAUAAUUCGACAAGAGACUUUGAUACAAAGAUUUCAAGAUAUGUACGAAGAACACAAGGCACAUCAUAGACACAAAAGAUCACUGAGAGUCUACAUUGUGGAAACCUGUCUUAUAGCGGAUUAUCAAGCCUUUUCUAAUUUCUUGGAGAGAAAUAACAACGAUUCAGUCAAAGCUGAGGCCGACAUGAGGAAUCACUAUGCUUUUAUAGCGGAGCAGAUGAAGGUUCGGUUUCACCAUAUCAAUGAGGUGGACGGGACAAUUGCCUUUAACAUUGUUUAUUCCGGUCUCAUCAUUAUAGAGACCAGAGCCGACUCCUCGUACACCGAACCCUUUAAAGAGGGUAAUAAGGUUGACGUUGACGCGGCACUCAACGCAACUCAAUUCUGGAUGGAAUCACCUCCGCCUGGUAUCGUACUUCCAUCAAGCGACCACUACAUGUUCUUCACUGGAUACAACCUAGCCAAAAAUGGAAGCGACGGAAAUUUAGGAAUUGCCUAUACCAAGAUUAUGUGCAUAGCAGAUUCCUAUGUGUUCAGGGGUACAAAUGUUCGGAUGAAGGGAAGUACGUCUGUAGUAGAAGACCAGCAAGGCGCUAGGACGGCCAUCAUUGGUGCUCAUGAAAUGGGCCAUGCAUUAAGUGCCUUACACGACACAACCGUUGGAUGCAAUGAUGCAGAUAAGUACAUCAUGGCAACAUCCAUUAGCUCGAUUACAGACUCAGAAAUGGCCAGGCGUCCAUGGCAAUUUUCUGCCUGCUCUGUUAGAGAUAUAAAAGAUUUUGUGGAAAGAGCCGACGUGGACUGUCUGGAUGAUAACCGCUACGGGAAUGGUGUAGUAACAACAACUGAAACAGCUGGUCAGUAUUACGAUAAGGACACUCAAUGUAAAAUGCUAAAAGGUGAAGAUUCGAGAUUUUGCGACAGAUUGAAAUUGUAUCAAAAUGACACGGACAAAAUGUGUUACCUUGCCUAUUGUUUGAAUGAAGGAGGAAAUACGUGUGGCCCUGUCGAGUUUAUGGAGUACUCAACUUGCGAUACGAACAAGUGGUGUUACAAAGGCUUGUGCAUUAACGCCAGCAACUCAGCGCCAAUCUUUGUAAAUGUACCAACGUCGCCCGUACAAGUGGCAUCUAAUGCACAAGGCGUUAUCUACACGGCAGAGACAUUUGAUGUUGAUGGUGAUACGUUAACUUUGCAUAUCACCUACGACCCGUCAAACGUUUCGUCCUAUUUCACCUUCGAUGCGACUCCAAAGAAGUUUUCAGUGCGGGCAGGAUACGACUUAGCUGAACUAAGCAACUUUAGUUUGAUCAUGUCCGUUGAUGACGGGUUAUUGUUGUCAAUACCAGUUAACGUAGAUUUUGAGAUCACCGAAAAAGAAACAACAACUGAGCUAUCAACUACCGAGCCAGAAACAACAAUCGAGCAAGAAACAACUACUGAGCUAGAAACAACCACUGCGCAAGAAACAACUACUGCGCAAGAAACAACUACUGUGCUAGAAACAACUACUGAGCAAGAAACAACAACUGAGCAAGAAACAACAACUGAUGAAGAAACAACAACUGAGCCAGAAACAACAACUGGUGUCGAAACAACAACCACCGAGCAAUCAACAACUAUUGAGCCAGAAACAACAACCGAGCAAGAAACAACAACUGAGCAAUCAACAACUAUCGAGCUAGAAACAGCUACUGAGCUAGAAACAACUACUGAGCAAGAAACAACUACUGAGCAAUCAACAACUACUGAGCAAGAAACAACAACCGAGCUAGAAACAACUACUGAACAAGAAACAACUACUGAGCUAGAAACAACUACUGAGCAAGAAACAACUACUGAACAAGAAACAACUACUGAGCAAGAAACAACUACUGAGCAAGAAACAACAACUGGGGUAGAAACAACCACUGAGCAUGAAACGACUACUGAGCUAGAAACAACUACUGAGCGAGAAACAACUUUCGAGCCACAAACAACUAGCGAGCCACAAACAACUACUGAGCAAGAAACAACAACUGAGCAAGAAACAACUAUCGAGCCAGAAACAACAAGUGAUGUAGAAACAACUACUGGGCAAGAAACAACAACUGAUGUAGAAACAACAACUGAGCAAGACACAACUAUCGAGCCAGAAACAACAACUGGUGUCGAAACAACAACUACCGAGCAAUCAACAACUAUUGAGCCAGAAACAACAACCGAGCAAGAGACAACUAUCGAGCUAGAAACAACUACUGAGCUAGAAAAAACUACUGAGCUAGAAACAACUACUGAGCAAGAAACAACUACUGAGCAAGAAACAACAACCGAGCUAGAAACAACUACUGAACAAGAAACAACUACUGAGCAAGAAACAACAACUGGGGUAGAAACAACCACUGAGCAUGAAACGACUACUGAGCUAGAAACAACUAUCGAGCCAGAAACAACUACUGAGCAAGAAACAACAACUGAGCAAGAAACAACUAUCGAGCCAGAAACAACUAUCGAGCCAGAAACAACUACUGGGCAAGAAACAACAACUGAUGUAGAAACAACAACUGGGCAAGAAACAACUAUCGAGCCAGAAACAACAACUGGUGUCGAAACAACAACUACCGAGCAAUCAACAACUAUUGAGCCAGAAACAACAACCGAGCAAGAGACAACUAUCGAGCAAUCAACAACUACUGAGCAAGAAACAAUAACUGGGCUAGAAACAACUACUGAGCAUGAAACGACUACUGGGCUAGAAGCAACUACUGAGGAAGAAACAACAACUGGUGUAGAAACAACAACUGAGCAUGAAACAACUAUUGAGCCAGAAAUAACUAUUGAGCCAGAAACAACUACUAAGCAAGAAACAACAACCGAGCUAGAAACAACUACUGAACAAGAAACAACUACUGGGCAAGAAACAACUACUGAGCAAGAAACAACUACUGAGCAAGAAACAACAACUGGACUAGAAACAACCACUGAGCAUGAAACGACUACUGAACUAGAAACGACUACUGAUCUAGAGACAACUACUGAGCAAGAAACAACUUCUGGGCUAGAAACAACUACUGAGCAAGAAACAACUACUUGGCUAGAAACAACAACUCAGCAAGGAACAACUACUGAGCAAGAAGCAACUACUGAGCAAGAAACAACUACUGAGCAAGAAACAACAACUGAUGUAGAAACAACAACUGAGCAAGAAACAACUACUGAGCUAGAAACAACAACCGAAGAAGAAACAACAACUGAGCAAGAAACAAUUACUGAGCAAGAAACAACAACUGAUGUAGAAACAACAACUGAGCAAGAAACAACUACUGGUGUCGAAACAACAACUACCGAUCAAUCAACAACUAUUGAGCCAGAAACAACAACCGAGCAAGAAACAACUAUCGAGCUAGAAACAACUACAGAGCCAGAAACAACAACUUGGCUAGAAACAACCACUGAGCAUGAAACGACUACUGAGCCAGAAACGACUACUGAGCAAGAAACAACUACUGGACUAGAAACAACUACUGAGCAAGAAACAACUACUGGUCUAGAAACAACAACCAAGCAAGAAACAACAACUGGUGUAGAAACAACAACUGAGCAAGAAACAACUAUCGAGCCAGAAACAACAACUAGUGUCGAAACAACUACCGAGCAAUCAACAACUAUUGAGCCAGAAACAACAACCGAGCAAGAAACAACAACUGAGCAAGAAACAACUAUCGAGCUAGAAACAACUACUGAACAAGAAACAACUACUGGGCUCGAAACAACCACUGAACAAGAAACAACUACUGAACAAGAAACAACAACCGAACAAAAAACAAUAACUGAGGAAGAAACAACCACUGAACAAGAAACAACUACUGAACAAGAAACAACUACUGAACAAGAAACAACAACCGAACAAAUAACAAUAGCUGAGGAAGAAACAACCACUGAACAAGAAACAACUACUGAACAAGAAGCAACAACUGAGCAAGAAACAACUACUGAGCAAGAAACAAGUACUGAACAAGAAACAAUAACUGAGCAAGAAACGACAACUACCGGGAAAGCAUCUUGGGCUGGGGCAAUAUCAGCAAUCACUGCAGUGGCUGCUUUUAUACCACUAAUUCUUAUCUUAGUAUUAUUUGUGGUGUGUAGGAAAACUAAAACUAAAGACGGGUACGUAUUCAAUCGCUCCAACAUGUCUGCACUUGAUUGGGCUAAUGAAGACGGACAUCGCCAUGUCAUAUACGAAUUUUGCCAGGGCGGUUUAUUGUUCCAUUUGAAUGACUAG